GCUGGGGCUUGUAGUUUCGGGCCAUCUUUCUGAUGUCACUAUUACGUAAGGGUUGAGGCUGCGGUUUUUUGGUCCUGUGUGAAUUGAGGCGAUGUUUGUGCGUUUUGCACGCUUCCAUACGGAUCGCUGGAGAGGCUGCACGAGUGUUCCGUUGGUUCCUAUGGGGCGAUGAUGAUGAUGAUGAUGAUGAUGGCUGCGGCAUUACCGGGUAACUCUAUAGUGUCUGCAUCUGAAGACUGCAAGCUCCCCAGAUCUAAUCACUGACAAUGAUGCCUGAUGAAGCAGCUGGUCUAUGCUGCGAAACGCGUUUCAUUUUGGGAAUAAACCUGUUUGCCAUUACCACCUGUGUUGAUCUGUCCAGCGCUGUGUUUACCCACCAUAUCUUUGAAGCAAGCCUGUCUCCUACCCGUUGAAUUGUGCGGAAGGGCUGCAGGACGAUCACUUUAUGCCACCUUCCAUGGUUGUGUAUGGGGUACACAACCUAUUGGGCUCACUGAUCAGACCAAUGAAGGUUGCAGACUCCAUUCAUCCAGACAUCAGGGUGAGCCUUUACAUGGAAGAUUACAGUCAGUGGGAGGGAUACUAAUGUCCAGCCGCAGUCACCAAUCAUAUAUUUUUGUGAUUAUCUAAAAGAACCGAGCACUGCGGAGUACUGACCUCUCGACUCUUAUGACUUCCCUACGCCCAUCUCAACGCAUUUUGCGGGCCUACGCAAUCCAUUUCAAGAUAAAAUAAGUUCUGUGGAGGACAUUGCUUGAGCACUGAAGGUUCAGGGGGAGGGGGCAUGGUUGAUGUUGUCUGAUGGAGGCCCCUGGCAGCGACAGCCUCUGCGAUGAUACAGACCCCGGGGGUAAUGAAUGUAGGAGGCUGGUGGACGGAGAGCAGAAGGCCUCCAGGGGCUCGCACUUUGACAACAUCAAUGUGAUUGGCCACGGCCUGAAGCACUUGUUUCAGCAUCAGCGACGCCGCUCCUCUGUCUCCCCCCAUGACGUGCAGCAAGCCCAGCCUGAGCUAGAAGCAGAAGUGGAUCAUUCCCAGGGGCAAGACUCUGAUGGAUCCUCUCAGCCAACGGCACUGAAUCGGGUUUUACAGCAGAUCCGGGCCCCUCCAAAAGUGCGAAGGGGAAGCAGCUUGCAGCAGAACAAAAAAGGGAAGACACGGGGAAGUCCACAGAUCGGUCGGCGUUCUGCCCAGGAUAUCAUGGCCGUCCUCUCCCAUCCAGGGCGCCCACGUUCAUCCUCCACCACAGAUGCCCACACAGCUUCUGUCGCCCUGGAGAUAUACAGCCCCUCUUACCUGUCUCGAGAGGAGUCAGCUGAGAAGCUCGAUCGGUUGGAAGGGGGAGGCCUCUCGCAGGCGUCCAGUAUGGUGUCCUCUGGUACGGAUGGCAUGUUGGCCGCAGACACGAUUGAUGGUACACCUGACCCCCAGCGGACUAAGGCGGCUAUUCUGCAUCUGCAACAAAAGAUCCUUAGACUGACGGAACAGAUCAAGAUCGAGCAAACAGCCAGAGAUGACAACGUGGCGGAGUACUUGAAGUUGGCAAACAAUGCAGACAGACAGCAGGGCGCACGCAUCAAGCAGGUUUUUGAGAAGAAGAACCAGAAGUCUUCUCAGAACAUCCUCCACCUGCAGAAGAAGUUGGAGCACUAUCACCGCAAGCUACGUGAGGUUGAGCAGAACGGAAUCGCACGUCAACCCAAGGAUGUCUUAAGAGAUAUGCAUCAAGGUCUGAAGGACGUCGGGGCCCGAGUAACUGGUUUCAGUGAAGGGGUGGUGGACAGUGUUAAGGGUGGACUUUCCAGUUUCUCCCAGGCCACCCACUCGGCCGCAGGUGCAGUGGUGUCUAAACCACGGGAGAUCGCCUCCUUGUUACGGAACCGCUUUGGCAGCAGUGACAACAUUUCAUCCCUAGACGAAUCCGGCGGCCUGUCUUCCACCCAAGGGGAGGAUGGACUCCAGCAAGGGAAAAGCCUGGCACCUAUGAACAUGUUUCAGGCUAGUCCUAAGUAUGGGAGCGAGGAGGACUGUUCGAGUGCCACCUCAGGAUCUCUGGGUGGCAACAGUACUAGUGGGGGGCCUGGUGGGGGAGGAGGGGGCAGCUCGCGAACAAACACCUUGGAUAUGCAUGGACUGAUGGGGUUUGAAGUGGUGAUUCAGGAGAUCCAGGAAAUGCGGGAAACCCAAAAUCAACUGGAGGAGUCUCUGGAAGGACUCAGGACUCAGUAUCAAAGUGAAUACUCCUUCAUCCUCCAGUCACUGCAAGAGGAAAGGUACAGAUGUGAGAGACUGGAGGAACAGCUCAACGACUUAACUGAGCUUCACCAGAACGAGAUCCUCAACUUAAAGCAGGAAUUGGCCAGCAUGGAAGAGAAAAUCGCUUACCAGUCAUAUGAGAGAGCACGAGACAUACAGGAGGCGCUAGAAGCUUGUCAGACCAGGAUUUCCAAAAUGGAGCUACAACAGCAGCAGCAGCAGGUAGUCCAGCUGGAGGGCUUGGAGAAUGCAACGGCUCGGAACCUUCUGGGCAAACUCAUCAAUAUCCUGCUGGCUCUCAUGGCCGUGGUUCUGGUGUUUGUGUCCACAGUGGCAAACUGCGUUGUCCCAUUACUGAAGACUCGUGGCCGGACGUUGGGGACACUACUUCUGGUCCUAUUGACUGCACUUCUAUACAAACACUCGGAUUCAUUCUCUGGAUAUCUGGAGAGACUGCUAUCACCGCCAAGAUAACCAGACUUUCUUACCCCCUUAAAUUGGGACUUGGAUGGUACUAUAUCCUUUUUUUGAUAAUUUAGACACAUUGGGAGAGCCUGCCAGGCUUGUGCCUAGGGGCAUACCGUUUCUGAGAACGGGCAUAGUCCCCAAAUUGAGGCCAUUUUGAGUUGGGUAACUGCCAAUUCACUCUGCCCUGUCCUCCUCAUGCCUUAAAAUUCAGGAGGGCCACGAUGGGCAUUUUGCAACAACCCGACCCCCAAAAUGAGAGAUGUUUGCCAUUUAGGACUUGGGGGGAGGGGAAGCAGUCGGAUGUGAGAGUGUACUGUUUACAUUGUACAAGAGAAUUUUGGACUUUUUCAUGUGUUUUUACAUUUUUGGCGAGGGGCCGCCCAAUGACUGAAGGACAAUAUGUUUUAGCUCUGCUAUUCUAGCACCAAGCCCUGCCCCCCUUUAACUCCUUGUAACUCAGAUUUGUGCCUUCAGGGUCCUUGUCAAGGAGCAGCUUUGACUGCAGCAAGGCAUGCUGGGGGCUACCUGGACUUCUGAUGUGGACACUGAGUUCUGGCAAUAAGGCACUCCAACCUGCUUCUGCCAUCCUCCUGACCCAUGCAAAUUCAGCUCUCCCAAGUGCCUUAUUGCAUCCAUCUUUCGGGGAGUGGGGUCAUUUUUGCACCUUGCAACAAAGCUUUGAGGUCAAUAGGUGGCAGAUGGGUUAAAGGAGAAAGAGGGGUCUAAACUGCCUUUCCAAUGAAACCGUGGACUUCAGUUUUUCCUCUCAGCACCUUCACCCCCCCCAUUUGGUUAACCUUUUAACCCUUUCCUGGCUGAAGCAGAGCUCAGGAUGCAGCACCCUAUAUAAACGCCUACAGCUACACAUUCCUCAAGUUGGUAGGUGACUCCAGCAGGAGAGAGAAGAGGGGGUGACCAUAUGUUUCUUUUGGGAGAACAGAUGACAUGAAGAAGACAAGAAUAAAGAAGUCACAUCAACCCUUUUGCUGCUCAGGCUGUCAUUUCCUUAACAUGACAUCUGCCUUCCUCACCCCUUGUAUAAACACAUGUGAGCGCAGUAUUUCUGGUCGUUUUUUAUUUGUUGUUCCUUGAAUUUUUAUUUUUUAAUAUUUUACGGUAGCAGUGAAGCCAUUGUUUGCCAGAGGGGCGGCCACAGUGCUAUCCAACCCCUCUGGUAGAGAAAGGUAUGAAAUCGAUUGCUCGCACUUUUUAAAGAAAUGCUCGUGCUGCUGAGAGCCACUAGGGGGCAGUAGUGGUGUCUGUGGGAGACGCGAAGUGGGUGUGUCUGGAAUCAGUACUCACUCGGUACAGUGUUCCCUUCCUGCUGUGUGUACGGAGGUUUGUUAUAUUCUGUUUAAUAUUUUAAUUAAUAUUAUUUGGAGUGGGGGGAAGGCUUGAUGAAUAAAAGUCAUGUUUUU